CAGGCUCCCGGCUGCGAGGGUUGAGAAUCCUGCAAGCUGAGGCAGCCAGGCGGUGGCGCCCGACGGACGAGGGUAAACUGCACCAGUCUCGUAGGGAGAAGCUGCGAUUGAUCCGACCUUGGGGCAUCGAUUUACCUCAUAAAAGAAUUGUGUGUUCCGAGCCAUCUCCAUCUCCAGACCCUAAGGAGAAAUACUGGAUAGACUCGGAAGGCUCUGCAUCAGUAAGAUUACUUCUUUGUAGGGAAAAUGGAAAAGUCCUCAAAUACAACAGGUUCUGGUGAUCCAAAAUCAGAUAGUCAGCUCCCAGAAAAACUCCACAGGACACACUCGGCACGUGCUGCAAAGAUGAAGGCAAGAAAAGCUAAUAGAGAGAUUUCAGCAGCAAAAAUACAGAGAGCCUGGUUCAUUUAUGUGGACAAAUCAUUGUUUAAACUCCUAAAACAUACAGUUUGUGCAGCGGAAUAUUGUGUGGCACAUGAACUACUGAAGAAAGUAAGCCCCAUAGAGUCUGCACUGUUGAAAGAUCCUAGCAUGAAGUGUAAAGUCAGAUUCAGAUUCAGUGGUGAAACGUUUCCACCUUGCAUCGUGUUUAAAAUUUUUCUAAAAAGUGAUGGCCGUGGCUUCACGUAUUUCAGCGGGAAAAAUUUACUAAAGCCGUCAAGUAAGGCAGUGGCUGAUGCUUAUAAAAUAAUGGGGGAAAGAAAAUUUUAUCGACAAAUUAUGCAAGAUGAGUAUAUUUUCCAAAAGUUCAAAGUAGCUGAUCAUAUGGAUGUUGUCACAGUACAAGAUUACAUGCAAUACUGUAGUCUUACAGAUGAGACCCCUGCAUCUUCUGGUGGCAAGAAUAACUACUGGCGAAGACUAAAUCUCAGUAACAUUCCCAGGACGAUGAUGAUGUAUGACAUAGUUGAUUAUGCAGAGUCUGGAGUGAUCUCAGACCGGUUACAAAAAGAAAUGAAGUAUUUGUUGCAGAAACCAAAAACAGAAGAGAUGCGUCUGCACCAGCUGGAUAUUGUUUCUAAAGUUAGGUGUCCAAUCAUUACAAAUAUCCGUCCGUUCUACCAGCCCUGGGAAGAGCAAGGGAAGAUGAAGCCUCUAGGUCGUCGAUCCAAGCAGGCACAGAAGAGGGUUGAAAAAAUGAAAAAAGCCUAUAAGGAAAGAAAAGAAGAGAAGGUUUCCUCCCAGGAACCACCAGCAAGCAGAACACAAAUAAAGAAGAAGGUCAUCUUCUACACUCCAUCUUUUGAAAUUUUGAAAGUUGAAGAACUGAUCGACACUGACCUGGAAAGUGAAGAAAGAGAAUUAUUCGCCUGGUAUCAAGACCUCUAUGUUAAACAUUCUUCGUUAUUUUGA